GUAGAAACAAAAUUCUCAUACAUGUAGCAGCAACUGCCGGAAGUAAAACUCUGUGGUAGCGCAUGCGGCCUUGAGAUUACUAAACCUGAGCCAUUUUCCAAGGAGUGAUUGUUUGCCUCUUUAAAUUAAAAGUAUUCUCUCAUUCAUGUCAGAGCCACAGUCAGCUCUUUUAUUACGGAAACAACUAGCAGAACUUAAUAAGAACCCUGUUGAAGGGUUUUCCGCUGGCCUGAUUGACGACAAUGACAUAUACAGAUGGGAAGUCCUCAUCAUUGGACCUCCAGACACCUUAUACGAAGGUGGUUUUUUCAAAGCACACCUUCAUUUCCCAAAGGAAUAUCCACUGCGGCCACCCCGUAUGAAAUUUAUCACAGAAAUAUGGCAUCCAAACAUCGAGAAGAACGGUGAUGUUUGUAUAUCAAUCUUACACGAGCCUGGUGACGAUAAGUGGGGUUACGAGAAAGCCUCGGAACGGUGGCUGCCCGUUCAUACAGUAGAAACAAUUCUAAUAUCAGUUAUAUCGAUGUUAGCCGAUCCCAACGAUGAAAGUCCAGCCAACGUGGAUGCUGCGAAAGAAUGGAGAGAAAACUACGCAGACUUUAAGAGAAAGGUUGCCAGGUGUGUACGAAGAAGUCAAGAAGAAUGUUUGUAGGGCAUUUUUAUUUCAUUUGGGGAGACUUGAGAAAGAGGGGACACCAUGAUGAGGGCUGGAUCUCUGUGGGCAAUGAGUGUGAUAAUUUAAACUUUUCAAUUGUGGAAUUGUGAAAAAUAGUGUGGCCAUCACCUGUUUUUGGGAACCGAAUAUGCACAUUAAUCAGCUCAGUGAGAAACUGAAUUACCAUUACUUCCAUGCUAGUGCUUGUGGGGGUGGGGAGUAGGUAGGAGAGGUGACGGAAAGAGUCACCUGUGCAGUCGCAGUCCUCCGUCGGCUGCAAGCUGUUUCCACCGCACCGACAGCACUGUGCAGGAGCCCUCGCUCCCGUCACCUGGUGUGCUCCGCAGGAAGACAUCGCCUGGGUCUCCCCGGUAUUGAGAGGAGAGAGAGGAAAACCUUUUGUGCCAGUGGCACCGUUUUGGUGUGGACAUCAGCCAGACAGUUGCCUUCUUAUUGUGUUUUUUUAAUCAAAGGGAAACGAAACUAUUUCUGGAAUGAUAGCCUGUGCAGGAAGUGCUUCAUUUGUGAUCUGGGUGACAGCAGGAAAAGAGUAUUUAGCUGCCUUCUCACCCCAGCCCCAUUUGCUCAUUAGGCUCAUAUGAAAUGCAGGCCAUUACUGCUGACCAUGGAAACUCCACAUGCCCACUUUAAGUAUGAGGACAAUGUGAUGGGGGGAAGGAGUUAGCCUGUGCGCAUGUUGAGAGUUUGUUUUUACUAUAAUUUUUACAUUGAUUUUUCCUGCCUCAGAAUCAGAUUUUCCGUGACACGCUGUAUACUAGCUUUGUCUGACUUGUUUGGCACUGUGGCCUCUCGAGCACAACCUUGCUAGAGGUCUGUACAGAUAUUGUAUAUAAUAUACACAUGGUCCAAAUGUGUUUGACUGGCAUCUGUACUGUUCAACACUUCAUAAUGUUUCUCUUACCCUGUGCCCACGCGCAGUGUGCAGCGAAAGACUUUUCAGUGAGUGUGCUUUUUUUUUUUAAGUUGAAUACUAAAAGAUAAAUAAAUGCAUCUAAAGUUUGAGUGUAAUUGAGAUUUCAUCUGAAGCAUACUAAUUUCAUUCUGUGACAAAUGGAGACACAGCUAUAAAAUUUGCAAUACACUUGUCCUGGAAAGUAAUGACUGCUGUAUUCAGGGAUAAAAUUAGUGUACUGCAUGUACUCUUUACCCUCACAUUUUUCCUUUUUUAUGCUCAACAAAUUAGAUAACAUUAGCUUAAGUAAGCAUAAAAGACGAUGGUAAAAAUGGAGGUUGUACAUUUAGAUUUUGCAUUUGUCACUUUCAUACUUCUGAAUCUGCAGUGUGGUCAUUUUUAAAUCUGUUUGAAAACAAUUUUGUAUGCUGUUGUUGCUGUGAUUCAUUAAGGCAAGACCAGUUUUGUUUGAACCGGUACAGCAACUUAUCUGCAUGUUUCCCCCAGUUGAAAAUUGUUAAUUUCAGCUUGUAAAUUUGUUUCAAGUAAUUGGUGUCUGAUGAUAUAUUUUAACUGCCCCUGAAGUGUAACUUAGGGAUUUUUUUUUUUUUUUUGUUUUAAGCCUAUUGCUCCAUUUUUCCAAUAAAACAUGCAAAACUGAAAGGCCAAA